AUGCUGCCGUACCUUCGGUCGGCGCUGCGUCUGCCCCUAGAGAGAGACGCCGCACAGGCAAGGGCAAAGGGGGCAAGGGCGCUGGAGGGGCUGGCGGGGGCGGUGGAGGUGGCGGUGGAGGCGGCGGAGGUGGUGGGGGUGGCGAUGCGAGUGGUGGUGGGGCUGGGGGCGUCAGUGGCGGCGGUGGAGGCGGAGGCGGCGGCGGCGGUGGCAGUGGGAGCGGAGGAGGUGGCGGUAGCGGCGGUGGCGGAGGUGGCGGCAGCGACGGUGGAGGAGGCCGGGGUGGCUCUGCGCAGCGAGGCGGCUUCGGUGGUGGUCAGCGCCAGCAGCAGCACCGCACUCGUGAGACCCCGCCCCCCCCAGGUCAGGUAG